AUGGCUCCUACAGCCACUGCAGCAAUGGACCCCUCUCAGGACCUCAGCCUCUGUCACAAGCUGAGAAAGCCUGUGGUGGAGAAACUGCGCAGAGAGAGGAUCAACAGCAGCAGCAGCAUUGUACAGCAGCUCAACUCCAAGCUCAGACAUCCUGGAGAUGACCGUGUGCUCACACGUCAGAGUUCCUGUCCCAGAGCCUCAUGA